AUGCCUAUAGUAGAAUUAAUUCCAUUAGGUAAAGGCAACCAUAUUAAUCUUGAUGACACUGUAACAACCACAAUCGGCCGUACAUUACAUACAGGUUGUAUGGAUAAUAGAAUAUCUCGUAAUCAUGCCCAGUUAUUCAUAAAAUCCGAUGGAACAUUAUGGAUAAAAUCGAUACAUGAUAAUCCAACGUUUUAUAAAACAAAAGCAAAUCAAAUAGUUACUCUAAAGAAAGAUAAAGAAUAUCAACUACAUGAUAAUGAUCAAUUUGGUCUUCUGCCAGAUGAAUAUUUUUAUCAAGUUUCAAUUAAAUCACACGAUCAAGAAUUAGAAAAACCUCUUGAAUCAGAUCCGAUAAUCGAUUCAACAACAAUACCAAAAUCUCCAAUUCAACUGAAUGAAGUAUUAGCCACCGAAGACGAUGACGAGAAAAAAAUGGAAUCAAAAACUAGUUCUAAUUCAAGUAAAACUCGUGCACUACCAAUUUGGAUAUCGAAUAGUUCGAUAUCAGCAUCAAAACGAGAUAAAGAACAAGACAAAGACGCAACAGACACUGCUGCAUCGGCGAAGAAACAAAUAUAUUCUGAAAGACAAAAGACCAAAGAAAUCACGUAUGAGAAUGAUGAAUCUACUGCUGUUGCUUCAACAGAAAAAACUAGUAUAUCUAAUGAUGUCGAUUCAAGUACAGACAAUCAGACAUCAUCAACAGCUGCUACUUCUACUAAAAGAGAACAAUGUGUAUUUGGAGAAUCUUGCUAUAGGAAAAAUGCUACUCAUCGUCAGCAAGCUAGUCAUCCUGGUGAUCUUGAUUGGAAUAAUGAAGAAAAUGAUAAAAAUAAAGCAAAACCUGAAUGUCCUUAUGGUCAUGAAUGCUAUAGAAAAAAUCUUGAACAUCUGAAUCAAUAUCAUCAUUCUAAAAGAAGUUCUAUUGAAAUUAAAGAUAAACGAAGCACAAGAAAACGCAAAACAAGUCAAGUCGACGACGACGAUGAUGGCUUACCGAAUGAAUAUGAUUAUAAUGACAGUUUUAUCGAUGAUGAAACAACUGGCGGUAGUAGCUGUGCUUCUGAUAAAGAAGAAAGUAGUGAAUCUCCUGGUGAUAUUGAAUGGAAACCAUCUAAAGAUCCCAGGUAUACGAGUAAUACUGACGAUGAUUCGUCCGAUGAAAGUGAUUUUGAUUUAACAAAACAAGAAUCAGCUGAAUUUACCAAAGGUUCGACCACUAAAACUCGUGAUUCAGCGAUGAAAAAAUCUCGCCUAGAAGACGAUGACUAA